ACACCACACCGCUCCGGCCCCGCCGGGCUCCGCUCACGGCCGGGACCCCCGGCGGUGCCGCCCCGCGGCGGGGGCGGGCGCGGCGCUGCCCGUCCGGUUCCGGGUCGGCGGAAGAUGGCGGCGCCCAUGGAGCUGUUCUGCUGGGCCGGGGGCUGGGGGCUGCCCUCGGUGGAUCCCGACUGCCUGGCCGUGCUGACCUACGCGCGGUUCACGGGGGCGCCGCUGAAGGUGCACCGGGUCACCAGCCCCUGGAGGAGCCCCUCCGGGCACCUGCCCGCGCUGAGGACACGGGACGAGGGCACCAUCUCCAAACCUCAGCAGAUCAUCACCCACCUCAGGAAACAGAAAUACAACGCUGACUACGACCUGUCGGCCACGCAGAGCGCGGACACGCUGGCCUUCGUGUCCCUGCUGGAGGAGAAGCUGCUGCCAGUGCUGAUCCACACGUUCUGGGUGGAUGCCAAGAACUACGUGGAGCACACGCGGAAAUGGUACGCGGAGACCAUCCCCUUCCCCCUCAACUUCUUCCUGCCCAACGCCAUGCACAAGCGGCACCUGGAGCGGCUGCAGCUCAUCUGGGGGGACGACUACAUGGAGGAUGAGGAGAAGGUGGAGAAAGAGCUCUACCGGGAAGCCCGGGAAUGCCUGACACUCCUCUCCCAGCGCCUCGGCUCCCAGAAGUUUUUCUUUGGAGACUCACCAGCCUCCCUGGACGCCUUAGUGUUCAGCCGCCUGGCGCCGCUCCUGAAGGCCAAGCUGCCCAACGGGAAACUGCAGCAGCACCUGAAGUCCCUGCAGAACCUGUGCAACUACUGCACCUCUAUCCUCAGCCUCUACUUCCCCUGGGACGGAGAUGACCCCCUGAGCACUGCCCCUCGGGCUGCAGGCACGGACAGCAGCGAGGCAGAGGAGGACCCCCACAAACGGCGCAAGCAGCUGCUGUCGGUGCUGGUGGGGCUGGUGGCCAUGCUGGGCUACGCCUUCCUCAGCGGCAUCGUCUCCAUCCAGCGCGGCGGCGUGGGGCCGGCCGGCCGGCAGCCCGUCGCCCUGGAGGAGGAGGAGGAGGAGGAGGAGGAGUGAGGAAGAGCUGUGUGGCUGUUUCCCUCACAGCCCCUGGAACUGACUGUUUUUACUCUGGAAGCCUGGCAGCGUUGCUGCUCUGCUCGGUGUCCCACCGGGAGCCUCAGUCCCUGCCACACCAAUAAACCUCCCUCUCUCCACUUGCA